GUGUCCUCUCCAGAAGGCGAGAUCGAAUCGUUCGUUCGUUCGUUCGUUCUUUCUCGACGAAUCCAGGUGAACCCCUCAUACCUGCUCUCCCUCCUCGAGGAUCGGCUUGUUAGGGUUUAUCUUAUCCUUGCUCAGUGUGAUUUUGAUGCGACGCAGUGUGCGCCGAUCGGUUCAAGUUUCUUGAUGUUCGGGUCCUUUGUCAUUCUCCGUUCGCAUGCAGAGAUCGCGUUGAUGGUCGUCUCCAGUUUCGCUCUGUUCGUAUGCCCUGAAUCCUUUCGAGGAAGUUUCUGUUUUUGGGUGCGUGAGCGAACCGUGCAAGAACUCGGGCGGAUGAAGAACUUCUUCACGGGUUUUCUUUAGUUUCCGAUUGAAGUGGGAAGGGGAGUCUGAUGUGGUCCUGAUGGGGCUUUCUUUCGUUUGGGGUUUGCAAUCUCUGUGGCCCUUCUCCAGGCCGAAAUUCGAUGAGCUUAAAGCUUCGAAUGAGUUGGUCCGGAAACUUCCGGUUCCCGAGCAGACGAAGCAGUUCGUCUUUGCUGUGAGGGAACCCGAGUCGCAGUCCGUGAUUUACGUGCUGGCCGUGCAGAAUCUGUCCGAGCGGUCCGCCCAGGAUGCCGAGUGCUUGAUCAGGGAGGUUCGGCCGAGUGCAGUCGUGGCGCAGGUUGAUCCGUUGGAUUCUAGUGAGUUUCAGUCUGUCGGGUGUAGGCCUGAGGAUGGGGUCAAUUGCGCCGUGCCUACUUCGGCAUUGGGCGUUCUGAGGCGUUGCUUUGUGGAUAAGCUUAAUAAAGAGAAGUAUGAGAAUGUCGCUGGGGGAUUGGUUUUGCGAGAGAUCUUUGGUAUUGGCUUUCAUGGCCAUUUCUUUGCUGCCAAGAAGGCUGCACAAGAGGUUGGUUCGUCGUUUGUUAUUCUAGAGUCACCGUUUGUAAAUUGUUCUUCUGGGGAUACUAGUCCGAUGGAAGCUGAUUGCGGGCAAAAUGUUCAAGGUUUAGUCAGUAGCUUGGUUCCACAACGGACGGGUUCUGCUGUUUAUUCUAGUUUGGGGAGGUUUUGUCUCAACAAUGAUGUCCAAUCUCAGAUGGUAAGAAUUGUAUCUUCCAAUAUGGAUCCGCUGGCAUGGAUGUCGAAUCCUUCGAGUUGUGAUUCAAACUUGGGGUCAGCGAAGUUGCAAACUACACCCGAAUACGAGGCUCCACCAUUUGCCCAGUCCAUCUAUCCUUUGCUUGUGGAUCUUCAUAAUAUUUUCACUGAUAUCCCAUCUAUUGGAAGGGCUCUAGUCCAUGCUCAGCAGCUGCUCUCUGAUGUAAACAGGGGGCAAGCUGUAGACAGUCAAAUAGUUUCUGAAGUUUAUUCAUUCCGUAUUGCUGUUGAGGGGUUGAGGAUAGCACUGAAUACGGCUGCACGGCUGCCCAGUAAUAAAAUGGGAAGCGGCCAUUCUUCGAAAAUUGAGUUUGCAGAUCUUCCGCAUGAGGAGAAGGCACAAGUGCUCUUUGCGCAGGCUCUUCGGAGUCAGGCUAAAAAGUCCAAGACUAUAGUUGCUGUAGUUGAUGCCAGUGCAUUAGCAGGUCUCAGGAAGCACUGGAACACUACCAUACCCCUUGAAGUGAAAGAUUUGGUUGAAGAACUUGUUACAGAUUCUGAGGUAACCAGAGACAUAUUAAAUAGAGGAGACAGGAAAAGAAUGUUGUCCGAUAAACCGGUGGUGGCAGUUGGUGCUGGAGCUACGGCCAUCUUAGGAGCUUCUUCUCUGUCAAAAGUCCUUCCUGUGUCAACGUUUAUGAAACUCGCGACCUUCAAAGUUCCUGCUUCAUUUAAACUUAUGCUGUCUCCAACCCAAAAGGUACUAGCAACGGCCUUUGGCAAGUCUCUAGGUCCUUCAAAAUUGGCAGGCCCUGGACUUGCUAGUUCGGCUGUGAAAACCUCAGCCUUGAAAGUGACUGCUUCAGCUGAGAAAAUCCGGGUGGUGGCUCAUGGUGUUAUUGCCUCUGCUGAGAAAACAAGCUUAUCUGCCAUGAGAACUGCAUUCUAUGAAAUAAUGAGGAAACGGCAUGUCAAGCCAGUCGGUUUCGUAUCUUGGGCAACAUUCGGGUGCAGUGUUGCAACUUGCACAGGUUUACUUGCAUUUGGAGAUGGCAUCGAAUGCGCUGCCGAAUCACUCCCUGCAGCUCCCUCAAUUGCAAGUCUAGGUCGAGGAAUCCAAAGCUUACAGCAAGCAUCUCUGGCUGUCGGACAUGCUAAUGGGAGCAGAAUACAGAAGUCUAUAGAAUCUUUGAUGUACAAAUUGAAGAAAUUAAAAUUUCAAUAAUGUAAGGUUUUGAUCGUUUUCUUUCGGCUCAAUGAUACACAAUAUAUAGCAGUCCAGUUGUUGGGCGUGAAUUGAUGUUCAGUUUGAUUUUCUGUACAUAGAAGCUUUAACAAUUCCUUUCGCCUAUUUCUGAUUGGUCUUGUGAGUUUUUGGAUAUAUUUCAGUUAAAGAUAUUGCCGUAUUUGAACUA